AUGAAGUACACACUGCUCUUCGCGACCGGCGCAACAGCAGCCGCAGUCGCCAGCCCCUCAUAUCUGACCUGGACUGCCGACUCGCAGAUCCGGCACGGCGUCAAGAAGACCUUCGGGUACACUCAAGCCACUCUAUACGAAGGCUACGAAGCUGCCAUUGCCCUGACAAAGAACCAGACGCUCGUCGAUUGGUACAGAGGGCAAAUCGACGACGUCAUCGUGAAAGCCGAUGGAACAAUCGCCAACUGGAACUACACCCACUACUCUCUCGACGACUACCGCAUUGGCAACAAUCUCUUGUGGUGGUACGACCGCACCGGCGAGUCAAAAUACAGAGAUGCGGCGAAGACCAUCCGCGAGCAACUCAACCGGCAUCCGCAGAACAAGGAGGGCGGGUUCUGGCACCGCAGUCCAAUUUACAAGGACCAGAUGUGGCUCGAUGGGAUAUUCAUGGCCGACACGUUCUACGCUACCUGGACGGCGAAAUUCGACAAUGGAAAUGCGAGCGCAUGGAACCACAUUGUCAAGCAAUUUGACAACAUCGAGAAGUACACGCGCAACAAGACUACCGGGCUGCUGGUUCAUGGGUAUGAUGAGAGCAAAAGCAAGGUCUGGGCUGAUCCUGUUACAGGCGCGGCGCCGAAUGUCUGGAGCAGGGCGGUCGGGUGGUAUUUCAUGUCCCUUCUCGAAGUCAUCCCACUGCUGCCGGCCAGCCAUCCGGGUAAGGCGAGGCUGACAACGUACUUCACCACGCUCGCCGCGGCCCUCAGGAAGACCCAAGAUAAGGAGGGUGGCUGGUGGUUGAUCAUGAAUGAGCCGUAUCCGGGGAAGAAGGGGAACUACAUCGAGAGUAGCGCCAGCGCGAUGUUUACGUAUGGGUUGUUGAAGGGGAUCAAGGAGGGGUAUGUGAAGGAGUCUGACUACCUUGCGCCGGCGAAGAAAGGGUAUGAGUUGUUGAAGAAGAAGUUCAACACGAAGAAUGCAGAUGGGACGCUCGAUUGGCUGGGAACGGUUGAGGUGGGGAGUCUGAACAGUAACGGGACGUACGAGUACUACAUUGGUGUGCCGCUUGCUGUGAACGACUACAAGGGUGUUGGGCCGUUUAUGCUGGCGAGUUACGAGAUUGAGACGUGGAAGUAG